UCGCGAAAAACACAAGAUGGCGCCAUCACAAAUGUUUUUUUUUUAGACCCCAUCACAAAUGAACUCGCAGCCACUGCCAACACACGCACUCUCGAACAGACUCAAACGGGCAACCUUGGGGAAGAAAUGUGGCUUCGUGAAGACCUUUUAAAGUCAAUAUGGCACGCUUUCACAGCCUUGGACGUGGACCAGCGUGGGAAGGUGUCCAAGUCUCAGUUAAAGGUGCUGUCUCAUAGCUUAUGCACGGUCAUGAAGAUCCCCCAUGACCCCCUGACUCUUGAAGAACAUUUCAGAGAUGAUGACAAAGGGCCACUCUCCAACCAGGGCUACAUGCCCUACCUCAAUAGAUUCAUUCUUGACAAGGUACGAGAGGAUUUUGAUGUGCUGGAGUUUAACAAAAUGUGCUGGACGCUGUGUCAUAAGAAAAAUGUCUGCACCGACAACCUGCUCAUCUCGAACUACGACGCUUUUAAAAUCUGGUGUAUUUUCAACUUCCUAUCUGAAGACAAGUACCCGCUUGUGAUUGUCACGGAAGAGUUGGAGUACUUCCUGCAAAAGCUGACAGAAGCAAUGGCAAGCGGGUGGAGUGAGGAGAAGCUUUCGAAUUCAGAGCUCAAGUUGCACAAGAGACGUUGUCUGACUGUGUGGGAGAUGAUCCAAAUGGUGGGAACUGGUGUCUUCAGUAAGGGAAUGGACCAGCAGAGUCUUUCUAUGGGCAUCAAUGAGGUCUUCCAGGAGCUCAUACUGGAUGUGCUAAAGCAGGGCUACCUGAUGAAGAAGGGCCAUAAGAGGAAGAACUGGACGGAGCGCUGGUUUGUGUUGCGAACCACUUCGAUGUCGUACUACGUUUGUGAGGAUCUUGUUGAUAUGAAAGGGCACAUCACUCUGGACAAAAACUGUUCUGUGGAGUCUCUUCCAGAUAGAGAAAGCAAGAAAUGCCUGUUCAUCAUCAAGUGCCCUGAUAAAAGCUUCGAGAUCAGUGCCUCUGAUAAAAAGAAGAAGGUGGAAUGGAUUCAAGCUGUUCAAAGCUGCAUCCAGCUGCUGAGGCUGGGGCUGCCCUCCCCACACCGGGAGGCCCGAUUGAGGCGCCGCGAGCUGCGCCAGAGGCGGCGGGAGAAGGAGGACGACCUGACCGAGAGGAUGAAGCAGCUCCAGGCGGCCAACGACAGCAACCAGAUGCAGCUGGACGCCAUGAGGAAGAAAAUGGAAGCGGUCGCAGCUGAAGCGGCGACAGAAGAAGAGAGGAUGAAAAAAACCCAGUUGGAUCUGCAGGAUCGCUUCAGACUGGACCUAGAGAGAGAGAAAAUGGUGCGUCUGCAGAUGGAAGAGCAGGUGGCCCAAAAGUCUAACGAACUGGAGCAGAAUCUGCUGCGCAUCCGCCAGAUGGAGGACAUGUACCGUCAACUGGAGGCGGCCUUGGAGGACGAGAGGAAGGCCAAGCAGGAUGAAGAAGCCGCGCGCAAUCUGCAAGCUAGGCUGCUAGAGGAGGAAACUGCCAGGAGGGCAGAACUGGAGCACCUGCACUUCCAGCAGAUGCAGGACCGUAAGGGGGAGCCGGCAGCUGAACACCCUGCCCAGGAGCAAGAGCUGCGGGCCGCCGUGGCACGGCUGGAAAAGGCUGAGACCGAGCGGCAUGGAGCUCUCCGCAAGUAUGAGGAAGUGUCAAGGAACCUGGAGCGAGCGGCUAACAAGACCAAGAAGUGGAAAGACCAAGUGGCCAAGCACGAAGGACUGGUGCGCCUCAUCCAGCCAGGUCACAAGAGUCCACACAGGGUAAGCAACUGGGGCGCGGCUUCCGUUAGCGAGGUGGAGCUGGAGCUGCGCAAGAAGUUGUGGCAGGAGAGCAAAAACCCACCAACACCUUCGAGUCCAUGAAGGAACAACAAACAAGGUCCUAAACUCAUUCACUGCCAUUUACCUGCCAGUGAAUGAUUGUGUUUCGCGCCAUUGAUGGUGAUAGACGUCACUGGCGUCAAUUGCUCGUGGAUGAAAUUAAUGAUUCAUAAUAAUGGAUUGACUAAUUUUUGACAAGGGCCUAAAUAUGAUAAUCAUUUUACUAAUCCAUGACGCAGAGUGUCCACUAGAUAGCAGCAAAAACACGUUUUAGGCGGUCAUCGGUUCAUGACAGCAACGUCAUCCGAAUUUUUAAUUCAAUUUGAGUAUUUAGUCAACUACACAAACAGAAUUACUGCAGAAAAAGCUGUAAGGUAAAAAUGUUUCCAUGUUGAGCUUUUUUAGUAUCCUUGAUAUCUAUUUUAAUGGCAUUAAAGGGGUUAAAGAAUCCUGAUGUCUUGUAUGUAUGCAAAGUAUUAAUAUCUCAGAGAAUAAAAAUGUGGCGCCUCAUGCAUGUCCAACUUUCACAAAUCUCUGGAGUAUUCCAAAGCGGAGAACAUCUCCAGUUGCCCCCCCCCCCCCCCCCCCCAACCCAGAAGAAAAAUCACCCGGAACAAAUUCAUUUGGACUCAUUUCCAACAUCUCCUAGUCCAAAGUGAUUGGGAACAUUCUUCAGAAAUGGGAAAAAAAGGAAAAAGUCUGACAGAUGCGUCUUUGACCCCACGGCCUCGUACACACGUUGUAAAUCUUUAAGGUUUUUGUAUGAUUUUUAUUGCAUUAAAAAAUAUCUGGUUUUGCA